AUGGGCUAUUAUGAUUUCAAAGAAGCCGCUAUGGUGAAAUUGGUAGACACGCUGCUCUUAGGAAGCAGUGCGAGAGCAUCUCGGUUCGAGUCCGAGUCGCGGCAUGGCAUCUUACAAAUUCUCAAAAAAUUUCAAUAG